AGCAGAUGGCAUCUGCACGUACGCCACGGCAGCGAGUUUUGUUUGAAAUCGCCAAGGCUGGCAAUGUGGUCCACCUCCAGAGCUCCAAAAUCACCGACGAGGACGCGUUGGUGAUUGCCAAGGGUCUCAAGGAGAACAGCAAGUUGCAGCUGCUUGAUUUGGAGGACAACGAGAUUGGCGACGCCGGAGCUCGAGCGAUCGGAUUGGCGCUGCGGACCAAAUCGAACCUGUGUAAUCUCUAUAUGACCAGCAACAUGAUUGGUGAUGCCGGAGCGCGUGCUAUCGCUGAGGGCCUGCAGGCGUCGCCCGAACUGGCUGACUUCAGGAUGGAUACGAAUCAAAUCGGCGACGCAGGCGCGCAGGCGAUCGGAGUUGCGCUUCGGAACAAGGCAAACCUGAGUAUUCUCAACUUGGACGAGAACAAGAUUGGCGAUGCCGGAGCUCGUGCCAUUGCUGAGGGCCUGCAGACCUCGACUGCGUUGACCGAGCUGAGGAUGAGUUCGAAUCAAAUCGGCGACGCUGGAGCUCAGGCGAUCGGAGCUGCGCUCGGGAACAAGGCAAACCUGUCAAUGCUUGAUUUGCACGAGAACAAGAUUGGUGAUGCCGGAGCUCGUGCCAUCGCCGAGGGACUGAGGACUUCCACUGCGCUGGCUAAGCUCGGGAUGCAUGCCAAUCAAAUUGGUGACGCAGGAGCCCAGGCGAUCGGAUCUGCGCUUCAGAAUAAGGCCAACCUGUCCAUGCUCUAUUUGAGCAGUAACAAGAUUGGUGACGCUGGAGCUCGUUCCAUCGCCGAAGGGCUGCAGACGUCGAUUGAGUUGAUUGACCUCAGGAUGGAUACCAACCAAAUCGGUGAUACGGGCGCACAGGCGAUCGGCUCUGCGCUUCGGAACAAGCCAGAUCUGUCCGUGCUCUACUUGGAUGAGAACAAGAUUGGUGAUGCCGGAGCUCGUGCAAUCGCUGAGGGCCUGCAGACGUCAGCUGAGUUGACUGACUUGAGGAUGCAAACCAAUCAAAUUGGCGACGCGGGAGCACAGGCGAUCGGAUUGGCACUUCGGAACAAAGCGAAUCUGUCAAUGCUCUACUUGGAAGAGAACAAUAUUGGUGAUGCCGGAGCUAGUGCUGUCGCUGAAGGCCUGCAAACGUCGACAGCGCUGACUGAGCUCAGGAUGCACACCAAUCAAUUUGGUGAUACAGGAGCGAAGGCAAUCGGAUCUGCGCUUAGGAACAAGCCGAACCUGUCCGUGCUCGGCCUGAACAGUAACAAGAUUGGUGACUCUGGAGCCCGUGCCAUCGCUGAGGGACUGAAGACGUCGACUGCGCUGGCUGUGCUCGAUAUGUUCAACAACCAAAUUGGCGACGCGGGAGCUCAGGCGAUCGGAUCUGCGCUUCGGAACAAAGCGGGGCUGGCUAUGCUCUACUUGAGCAGCAACCAGAUUGGUGACAGUGGAGCUCGUGCCAUCGCUGAAGGCAUACAGGGAUCGGCUGUACUGACUGCACUCAGAAUGCACGACAAUCAAAUUGGAGACGCUGGAGCACAGGCAAUUGGAUUUGCGCUUUGGAACAAGGCAGAACUGUCCAAACUCUCUCUAUCACAAAACCAGAUCUCGCCAAGCGUUGUGCAGCUGUUUUCCAAAAGACUUCCCGCGAAUUGCGAGUUCUCCACCUGCCCGAUUAUCCGGGUGCGUCUGACUUCUUUCAAGCAGGGCGCGUUUAACCAGACCUUUGUUCCGUGA